CCUUCACUAUGACUCUGCAAAACGGUGGGGCGGAGGCCGUGACGAUGACGAUGGCUGGGCCAGGAGGAAGCAAAGGGGCCCGGCUGGGCGCUGCACUGCUCGGGGCAGAGCGGAGGGCUCGGCUGAGCAGGACAGAGGAAGGCCAAAGCCGGCCGGCAGCAACAGCCAUGGCUGAGGCUGACGACAGGAGCAUCCAUACACAGCACAUCUCGGCCGUGCACAACGUGCCCAUGCGUGUCCUCAUCCGGCCCAUCCCGGCAGAGCUGGAGCCGGGAAAGGUGCAGAGCCUGAUGGAGACCCUGCAGGAAGAUCCCGAGCGGGUGCCCCCCAUCGACGUGCUCUGGGUCAAAGGCAGUGAGGGCGGCGAUUACUUCUACUCCUUCGGGGGCUGCCACCGCUUCGCUGCCCACCAGGCACUCCACCGGGAGACCAUCCCGGCCAAGAUCAUCCCCUCCACCCUCAGCGACCUCCGGACCUACCUCGGCUCCUCCACGCCUCACCUGCGCUAGCCCAGCACCCCGAGGAUGCCCAGCAGCCCCCUCUGUCCCUGGUGGUUCCGAGCCGUGAGCCCCUGGUGAGGAUGCCCAGGGGUCCCCAGCCCUGGGGAGUCCCCGGGGUCCCUCCAGCCGGGAGGGGUCAGGCUCUCACCGGUACCGGGAGGCGCCCGGCGGGGCCGGCAGGUGGCGCCAUUGUGCCGCGCUGCGCCGCCCGGAGCGACCUCGCGGACCGGGACGGGACGGGAUGAACCGGGACGGGGAUGAACCGGGACGGGAUGAACCGGGGCAUGGCGCAAUCGGGAAUAGCUGAACCGGGAUGAAUCAGGCUAAACCGGGGCACGGCUCAAGCGGGAAUAGCUGAACCGGGAUGGAACGGGCUUAAUCGGGGCAUGGCUCAAGCGGGAAUGGCUGAACCGGAGCACGCUGGAACUGGGACAAGUCACAGCUCAUUCGGAGAACAUCUGAACUGGGGAGGGGUACAGGCGUACUGGGACACAACAGAAUCAAGGACACAAGGAAGAGACGCAGCUGACCCAGCAUGGCCAGUCCCCAGCCCACCCUCAGCGAUUCUGGGCUCACCUGUCAUCCCAGUCUCCAUGGGGAACAUCUCCAAAAUCCUGUGGUGGGGACAUCUGCUGCUGCACCUGGAAUAAAGAUGAUCAAAACCCCUGCA